CACUCACCGACCUGAAUGAGCAUGGCCAUGCCUAAAAGCCUUCUUUAAAAGAGAAACAGUGUCUAUGAGUCACCCAGCCCAGCCCAGCCCAGGACAGGACAGGACCACCACUUUCCUCCUUCUUUCUUCUUACUCAACCCUUUAUUCUAUUGGCAUCCGAUUCGGAUUCCCUCGACGGUUGACCGUCGAAGUAGACCCGAACCGAACCCUCCAUAUAACCUAGGAGAAAGGAAGGAAGACACGCAGACAGACAGACAGAAAGAAAGAGCAAAAGGAAAAUGAAAAUUGAUUCAUCAUCAGACGCAGCAGCAGCCCAACGGUUCCGCAUCGGGUACGCCUUUGCACCCAAGAAGGAGCAGAGCUUCAUCCAGCCCUCUCUCCUGGACCAUGCCUCCCAAAACGGCAUUGAUUUCGUCCCAAUUUCAAUAACCGACUCCUCGUCGGAGGAGGAGGCGGCCGAGGCCUUGAUCCAACAAGGCCCAUUCCACUGCAUCAUCCACAAGCUCUACGGCCACCGCUGGAACCACCAGUUGAAGCAAUACUCCUCCAAGUAUCCACAAACUCUCAUACUUGACUCGCCCGACUCCAUUGAGCGCCUCCACAACAGGGUCUCCAUGCUCCAAGUCGUCAGCGCCCUCAAAUUGAAUUCCCAAUUUAACAUCUCUGUUUCUGUGCCUAAACAGGUGGUGCUUCAAAACCCCCAGUCGCCUGAUUCUAUUCAUAAUAAUACUAAUGAUGGUGCGGUGGAGUUUCCGGUGAUUGCCAAGCCCUUGCUGGCCAAUGGCAGCGCCAAGUCGCAUGAGAUGUAUUUGGUUUUUGACCCCAAGGGCUUGCAGAAUCUUCUUCUCACUAAUACCACUACUAGUGCUAGUACCCAACCCAUUUUGCUUCAACAGUUUGUGAACCACGGUGAGGUCGUCUUCAAGGUUUACGUCAUUGGCCAAUACGUCCAGUGCGUCAAGCGGAGCUCCUUGCCCGAUAUUUCAGAGCGGCAGCUGACCGCAUCGGAAGGGCAAGUGUUGCCGUUUUCGCAGAUAUCGAAUUCUCCUCAGCCUCAGGAGGAGGACGAACAUGGUCUGGGUCUGGCUCAUGAUCCUCAUGAAAUGCCUCCUUCUGACUUUGUGGAGGAGCUGGCCAGGGGGAUACGCCUCGGCCUCAAACUCAACUUUUUUAACUUUGAUGUGAUUCGGGAUUCUGGGAACCCUCGCUCCUAUUUUGUCAUUGACAUCAAUUACUUUCCUGGCUAUGCCAAGUUGCCCUCCUAUGAGCAGGUCUUGACCAAGUUUCUGUUGGCUCUUCUUACCACUCCAACCCAAAAGGACCGCCAGCUGGAACCAGCUACCACUGAGGAGGAGGAGGAGGAGGAGGAGGAGGAGAUGCUUCCCUCCGGCUCCUACCCUAACUCUUGAAUUGCUCUUGAAUUGAUCAUUGAGCUAACAGAGCCAGUGCUGCUAUUAUGGUUCAUUGGUUAUCCAUGUUGGUGACGAAAAAGCUUUCCUUCCUUCCCACCCCUCUUAUUGGGUGGGUUUGUUUUUGAGAUGCGAUUAGCUAAUAAACCGAUUUUCUUCUAGCUAGGGCUUCGGCUUUCUUCUGAUUUCAUAUAUAUAGUAGAGCAGUAGAGCGCAUUAUGAUAUAUGGCAUGGGUGAUAUUUGGAUA